AUGGAUUCUCAGGAUCCGUCUGCACCACUACCACCGCUUCGUCCCCACCACCUGCCCCACCCUCAACAAACCCCGACCAUCUAUGCGGGUCCACCACAAACCCAUCACACUCAAUCCCAACAGCACAACAACCUUUACACCAUUUCCAACAACAACAAUUCUGCCACCACCACCGCUACUAUGAUGCAACAACAAAAUUUGUACCCCUUUAACACCAUGGCUUCUGCCUCUGCGUCCAAGCCACUGGAUCAUCACUUCUCUGAUAAAUUGGUUUCAGGUGGCGAAGGGGAGGCUGGAGGGUUCAGCAUCGAUUCUGCCAGAAAGAAAAGGGGUCGGCCCAGAAAGUACUCACCUGAUAACAGCAUUGGUUUAGGUCUGUCCCCUGAUCCUGCCACCAAGAUUUCCUCUGCCAUGGCCCUUACUGAUUCUGGUGGUGGGGCCCCAUUGUUUGAAACUGCUGCGAAGCGCAACCGUGGAAGGCCUCCCGGUUCCGGAAAGAGACAGUUGGAUGCUCUAGGAGCACAGGGAGUUGGAUUUACACCACAUGUCAUUACAGUGAAAGUGGGUGAGGAUAUAGCUGCAGAGAUCAUGGCUUUCUCACAGCAAAGUCCUCGUACUGUUUGCAUUCUAUCUGCUAAUGGUGCCAUAUGCAAUGUCACCCUUCGGCAACCAGCAAUGUCCGGCUGCACAGUAACAUAUGAGGGUCGAUUUGAAAUCAUCUCUUUGUCAGGUUCCUUCUUCCAGUCGGAGAGUAACGGUAGCAGCCCAACUGGUGGCCUGAGUGUCUCAUUGGCUGGAUCAGAUGGUAGAGUUUUGGGUGGUGGAGUUGCUGGAAUGCUUAGAGCCGCAUCACCAGUACAGAUUGUGGUGGGUAGCUUCAUUGCAGAUGGGAAAAAACCCAAGUCUGAGCCAUCUUUGGCUGCACCUGUGCAUAUGUUGAACUCCGGUGCUCCAGCGAUGGGGGUCGGUCCUUCUUCAAGCGAUUCAUCUGAGAAUGAUGUUGGUCCUCUUAAUCAUAGCUCAGAACCUUACAGUGCCCAGCAAAUUCCAAACAUGUCAAUGUAUUCAAAUAUGGGCUGGCCAAAUUCCACCAUCAAAAUGUUUCCUAAUUAA